AUGUCUUUCCUCUCUUCUCUGCGCCCUGGCAUGCGCCUGGCCAAUGCUUCCCAGACCGCUCGCGCCUUCAGCACCUCCCCCGCUCACUCUGUCGCCCGCCUUACCCUCACCGGUCGUCUCGGCGCCGAACCCGAGCUCCAGACUACUCCCAACGGCACAGAGGUCGUCAAGUACUCCGUCGGAACUAACUACGGUCCCCGUGACAACCGCCAGACCAGCUGGUUCCGUAUCUCGAAUUUCGUGCCAGAGGGCGCCCAGCGUGACUACAUUCUUGGCUUGCAGAAGGGAACCCUUGUGUAUGUCGAGGGUGAUGCCAGAAUGAGCAACUGGGAGGAUGCAGAGGGCAAGAGCCGCUCUACUCUGAACGUUGUGCAGCGCACCAUGGAGGUUCUCAAGCGCGGCGAGAGCCGCGAGGGCGAGAACUAA